AUGGAGCAGGACUCCGUCCACACGCACAACUCCUCCCGCCUCGGAUGCGGAUUAGGCUACGGACCCGUCGUCUACUACACUUUGCUCCUCUGCCUGGGGCUGCCAGCAAACAUUUUGACAGUCAUCAUCCUCUCGCAAUUGGUGGCUCGCCGACAAAAGUCCUCCUAUAACUACCUUUUAGCUCUCGCAGCUGCGGACUUGCUGGUGCUCUUCUUCAUCGUCUUUGUGGACUUUCUCUUGGAAGACUUCAUCUUGAAAAAGCAAAUGCCGGAGAUCCUGGACAAAAUUAUUGUGGUGUUGGAAUUCUCUUCCAUUCACACCUCCAUCUGGAUUACCGUGCCACUGACCAUCGACCGGUAUAUCGCAGUCUGCCACCCGCUCAAAUACCACAUGGUUUCUUACCCGGCUCGCACCCAAAAAGUCAUCGUAAGCGUCUACGUCAUUUGCUUUCUGACCAGCAUCCCCUACUAUUGGUGGCCCAAUAUUUGGAAAGAGGACUACACAAGUACGCUGGUCCAUCACAUCCUGAUCUGGAUCCACUGUUUUACCGUCUACUUAGUACCUUGCUCUAUUUUCUUUAUCUUGAACUCCAUCAUUGUGUACAAGGUGCGUCAGAAGUGUAAUUUUCGACUGAGAGGCUAUUCGACAGGGAAAACAACCGCCAUCUUGUUUGCCAUCACCUCGAUUUUUGCCAUCCUUUGGGCACCGAGGAUUAUCAUGAUAUUGUACCACCUUUAUGUGUCUCCGAUAAACAACAGCUGGUCGAUCCACAUUGUCUCGGAUGUUGCCAACAUGCUGGCGCUGUUGAACACCGCCAUCAAUUUCUUCCUGUAUUGUUUUAUUAGCAAGCGAUUCCGCACAAUGGCAGCUGCCACACUUAAGGCCUUCUUUAAGUGCCAGAAGCAACCUGUUCAGUUCUAUACAAACCAUAACUUUUCCAUAACUAGCAGCCCUUGGAUAUCCCCUGCCAACUCUCACUGUAUUAAAAUGCUUGUGUACCAAUACGAUAAGAACGGAAAGCCUAUAAAGAUAUCACCCUGA